AUGUGGCGCAUGCGAAGCAACAUCGGAAUAAGCAACUCAAGCAACCAGACGAGUAGAAUUGAUCAAUGGAAACGAGACAAACAGAGACCCCUGAAACUCUUCAUGGCCGGGAAAGAGGCAGCGCUAGCAAUGGUGGAAGAGUUGGGGAGCUUGCUCGAGAGAGAAGGCGAGGCCAGCCAAGCCACCUCGUCGCUGACUGCUAAAGACAAGGUCAAGAGAGAAGGCGAGGCCAGCCAAGCCACCUCGUCGCUGACUGCUAAAGACAAGGUCAAAGACGUCAUCGUCGCCUUGCGCCAUUUCCUCAUAAACGAGCUUUGCACGCAAGAGCGCCAGCCUCUCUCUUCAUGCUCUGAUCUUACGGGGACGACAGAAUGCAGUGUCGAUGAUAAAUCAAGACUGCAGAGCAUCCGGCCGCCAUCCGAGCUGACGGACGGAUCAGACGAGUCAGGAGAGCUCGUGGCUGCGAUGAGAGUGAACUCAGCAUGGUCUAAGUUGGAGCCCUCGCAUGUGCCUCUCCUCCUUUCCUCCUCCAAGAGAAUUCGAUUCGCCCCGCAUGAUCCCAUCAUCGACACGAGGAAUCGCAGGUUGGGUCCAUUCUUCUUGGUAGUGACUGGCGAGGUUGCUGUGAUUUCAAGAAACGUGUCCGGGACGGCUCGUCAAGACUGCCAAGUAGAGGACGGCGAUGAGCAGUACAAAGUGAUAGGACAAGGAUCUACAUUUGGCUCUUGUUCUGCUGUUGCGAGUGGGGAGACGUUGGGGUUAGAUCCUGAGGCAAUGAAGGAGGCGAUGAGGUUUUCGUACGCUGUGAAGGCCUGGGGCAAGACAGCAGGAGUUGUUCGUCAGUUUGAUCGCACACGGUUUGCUCGCUCUGUCGCUCUGCUUCUACUGGAUGUGCAUCAGCGUCUUGGUGAGAGCCUAGCAACAUCGAUUCCUGUCUUCUCUUCUCUCUCACAUACGUCGCUGCUCCAACUUGCAUUCAUCGCCACCAGAAGGAGCGUCUCGAGAAGCUGUCCAGCUCUGCUGUCUCAGAUCGCCGCUAACAAUCUCAUGGUCAUCGAAGAAGGGAGCGCAUGGAUUGCUGCAAGAGCUCAAGACACGAAGACGGACGUCAGACUUGUGCGAGUUACGGCUGGUCAAGCUGUUCUCCUGUCCUUGUUCACGAGUGAUGCUCUGCAGCUCACGAUGAGUGAGUCGACAGAAAUUUCAUUUCUAGCGAUUCCGGUGAAGAAAGUUGAGAAGAAGAUGCUGCUAGAAAAUCUGCAAGAUACAAUGAUGGCAGAAAUCUCAAGAAGCGAAAAACAACUGACGGCCAUGGCCGAGAUCUUUGAAAUGCGAUUUCAAUGUGUUCAAAGACUCGAGGGCAUCAUGAAAGAAUUCCUUCGAACAGAAUGGGGGACGAUGAAUCAAAUGAUUUGUAAGAUGAUCGCGAUGAACUCCGAGUCUUUGUUGGUCGCUUCCUCUGCUGCCUUGCGAUCUCUCGGUCUCUGUCGCCUCGACUCGCCGAGCUUGAGCCUUGCCAUCUGUUGUCCUGCUAUUGAGAGAUGGAUCUCAGAGAUGUGCUUGUGCAUCUAUCAACUGCUUCCUGCCUGCUCAGCAUUCUCUCAAGCUCUUCGUCACCGACGCUUUCUGUGCUUCUUAUCGUCGUUAGAAGCUUCAGUCCUCUCCUCUUCCUCCCUCGCCCUCGCCCUCCAUCUUGUUGCCCCUCUGCGAUGCUCGCAAGACUUUCUUGAAGUCAGCUUGGCCAUCAGGAAAGCAACUCCUGCUGGACAUCCGGACGUCGUGCUUUUGAGCGAGUGGAGAGAGUGGCAAGAGACUCUGACGCAUCAGCUUGAGAUGCUGGAGGGACGAACAUCCAGCGAACUCCUUGAGUUGUUGAGACUGCAUGCUCUCAUUGUAGACCAAGGGAGGGGAAGCAACACAACAAGGACCGCUUCUUUGAUGGAGGAAGACGACGGGCUUGCAGUGGAGGGAGCGUAUCUAGCGUGUGGAGCUUGCAGCCCUAAGGGGUGGAGGAUGUCGCGGGUCGAGUGGCUGCCGGCGCAUCGGAGGAAGUUGAUGGAGGAGACAGUGGAGGUGAUGAGCCCGCAUCAGAGAGUCUCAGCCUUGUCUGCCUCCCUCUUCCAGGGGUCUGCGAGCCCCAAGGAGGUCGCCCAACCUCUUCGACGGCUCCUGCUGUUCAACGACCUGCUUCUCCUCACACGCGAGGAGGACAUCGGCUCAGAGACUUGGCAGGAGCAGGAAGUGGAGCUCGUUGGCGGAUGGCUGAGGGCGAGGAGGAGGCAUGAGGUGGUGGAGGAGAAGUGGAGCCUUGCAAGUGCCCGCUUUGUCGUCAAGACAAACUUCUUUCCUGACCCGCAGGUAGAAGAGAAGAUGGUUGAGGUUCAAUGCUCCCAUCGGGGAAAUGCUCUCCUCCUCUUUGCCUCACCUCACCUCAAGCAGACUUUCCUCGGUCUUGCCACACAGGCAGCCUCAACUGCGCAGGAAAUGUUCGAUCCCGAAGCUGCCUUUGAAUGA